UUCGGUCUUCCCUCCCUGCCGCAGGCCCGCGGCACACCAGCAGCUCGGCCCCCUUGGCCUCUGCCUCUCGCCGGUCCCGGUCGCCGCCCCUGUCCUCCGCCUCGCUGUCAGGCCUCCUCCUCUGCCGCCGCCGCCGCCGCGCCACGCGCUCGUUCCCGCCGCUGUACAGGUGCAACAAAGAGUCCAUGAGCGCGCUCACGCACACGGGAAUCCCAAAUCCGGAAGCUGCGACCAGCGACUGCGAGCAGCAACGCGGCCUGCAGAGCGCGGGGACUGCACACGUGCUGUUCAAGAGCUCUGCAAUAGUUCAGUGCAGUCUGCAUCACAGAUAGACGUCGCCACGUCGGUGGUGAUGGCAUCGAGCAGCGCCGGCCAACCGGGGCAGCAGCGCCGCCACCGCCCUCCUCCGACCUACGAGGCUUCCGCCUCAACGGCUAAUGGCGCGCAAGCCGACACCUUCGCCUCCUACCUCGUGCAGAGGAGGGCUAAUCCGCAGCACAUACCACCCGUCGUCGUGCGUCUCAAGCCGCUGAAGCCCGCGUGGUGUGCGCAUUGCAACCGCAAGCGGCUGGAGGAGGAAAAAGACCUCAGCUCGAUAGCAUCGCCUCCGCCUACGCCCAACCCCAACACCGGUGGGGAGCACACCGUGUCUUGGUCCGACGCUGACGCGGCGCCCCGCGAGCAUGCCUUAGAAGGGCGCUCUUGCUGCGGGUGCGCGGUGGAGAUCUACGGGAAAACCCGUCGGCAUCUCCGGGACGGGUUGCCGCCGGCGGCGGGGAGCGGCGGCAACACGCCGCUGCAUCAGGCCGCCAGGUCCGGGAACCUGAGGAUGCUGUUCCAUCUCGUCACGUUGCUGGGACUGGACGCCGGCCAUGGCAGGGUAGCGGAGGCGCUGAGGAGGACCAACGAGCGCCAGGAGACGGCCUUGCACAUGGCAGUCGGUGUCGGCGACAAGGACAUGGUCAGGCUGUUGCUGUGGGUGGAUCCACGGCUGGGCCAUGACACCUCGCUGAUUUACAUGGCCGUCUCCCAAGGAGACGAGAACAUCGCGCAGAAAUUGCAUGAAGCUGGUGGUCAGGAUGCCGACCUGAUGUCCUCCUACGCCGGACCCAGCGGCCAAAAUGCCUUGCAUGCUGCAGUGCUGCACGGAGAAGAUAUGACUCGAAUGGUCCUCGCCUGGAAGGAGGACCUAAGCACAAGCAAGGACCAAAGCGGCAGCACCCCUCUUCACUUUGCCGUAUCCGUCGAGCAAAGGACGUACAUUCCCAGAUGGUGCUUUCGCUAUGCCUGGUCGCGAAACGCCCCAGGCCCCAGCAUCGUUUCAGAAGAGGAUAGCGAACGUCCCAGCAUGGCCCUUGCUUGCUGCCCAGCCAUCCAUGGCCUACCAGCCGGACAACGAAGGCUUGCUCCCCGUGCACGUCGCCGCGAUCACGAACCAGGCGGUCGCCGUCCACAUCCUGCUCAUGGAGUGCCCCGGUUGCGUGGGCUUGCGCGACGGCCGGGGGCGGACGUUCCUCCACGCCGCCGUCCAGCACGAGGGGUCGAGCGUGGUGAGGUACGCUUGCCGGAGGCCGGAGUGCGCAUCCAUCAUGAACGUCCAGGGGGCUGGAGGCCGGGCGACGACGCCGGCGGCGGCGGCGCGCCGGGGCUCGCCGGCCGGUGGUGGUUCCUCGACGCGUUCGUGGUCGCCAGCGCGCUGGCCUUCAUCCUGUCCUCGUCGGCCACCGUCGGCCUCAUGUACUCCGGCAUCGCGAUGGUGGAGCUGCCCAUCCGCCGGAAGCACUUCCUGGUCUCGCUCUUCUUCGUCUCCAGCUCCGUGACGUGCCUGACGAUCGCGUUCGCGCUGGGCGUGUACAUGGUGCUGGCCCCUGUCGCCCGCGGCACGGCCAUCGCCAUCUGCGUCGUCAGCCCCCUGCUGGUUAUCUACAGGAACGCGGAGAGCCUGCAGAAGCUUUUCGCGGUGUCGGGGCCUCUGUACGCGAGGAUGGGGUUCUGGGUGUGGCUGCGGUGGUCAGGAGGGGCCAUCUUGCUGCGGUUGCUGAAGAAGUUUUGGCCCUUCGUUGUCAUCUUCGGCUUGGCAGGUCAUUUGAGGAACCACCACCACCAGCAGCAGCAGCAGCUAAGCGGCUGACUCGGAAAGAGACCGGUCGUCCAUGUAAAUUGUUUUUUUCAUGCGUAAUUCAGUUAUCAUUAACAUUGUAAAAUUCAUAAUAAAGGCAUACACCGAGCUUAUGCGAA